UUAUAUGCCCAUCAAGAUUGAGAUGGGCCAGACUAUUGGGCUUCGUUUAACCCAUCUAAAUUCCAAAGAAUACAAUUUCAUAGCCGAGGAUGGAGCCACGUAGAGGAAAACAUUGAGCUUGUGUUGUGAACUUGUGAUAGACAAAGCUCUCCACUCGGCUGUCUGGUGGUUGAUAUGAGAGCCAACUGUGAACCCCACAUAUCCAAAUCCACCAGCGCUUGGUCCUUGGUUUCGUUUCUACCAUCAUACCAUUGCGUUGUGUUUCUCUUUCUGUCUUGUUCAGUUUUGAGUUUCAAGUAAAAUGCUGCCAUAUUUCUCGUGGACUUCCAGGUCUUACUAAUUUUUUUUGUAGUUUGUAUACCAGAAAAUUGACCUGGAAAUGUCACUAGCGCCCUCAAUUCCCCGCCUUCACUCUCCCUUCCUCUGCUGCCCCCUCAAGCUCUCCACGUCUCCUUCUUCUUUAUGUAUAUCCCACAAAUUUGCAGGAAAUCAACGGUCGCCCAGGUCCUAUCCAUGCAUUAGAGCUCUGGAUCUUGAUCAAAACACGGUUGUGGCAAUCUCAGUUGGGUUGGUGAGUGUUGCAGUUGGGAUUGGCAUUCCGGUUUUCUAUGAAACCCAAAUUGACAGUGCUGCAAAGCGAGACAACACUCAGCCAUGCUUCCCUUGCAGUGGAACUGGCGCACAAAAAUGCAGGUUUUGUACGGGAACUGGCACAGUCGUAGUGGAGCUUGGUGGGGAUGAGAAAGAAGUGUCUAACUGCAUUAAUUGUGACGGGGUGGGUUCGUUUACUUGCACCACAUGCCAAGGUUCUGGGAUUCAACCUCGCUACCUUGAUCGCAGAGAAUUCAAAGACGAUGACUGAAGUCUGCGAAGAAGAAGAACUGGGAUAUUGGAUUCUCUUCCAAGUUGAGGGAUGCUUAACUUAAAAAGAGGAAUUAUAUAUAUUGAGAAGAAAUCUCGAGUGUUUUUGGUUCUUUUCUCUACUCACCUUUUCUACAUUGAUGUGUCCAAUUGCUUUCAUACCUUCAUCUGAUCCACGCAUGAUUGAUUCUCUUCCUUUUUGUUUUAUUUCUGAAUAAGAUGAAACAAGAAUUAGUUUUGUUAUGCUCUGCU